AUGAUAUCGAAUGAAAUAAUAAUUAAAAGAAAAUUGUUUAUAGAUGAUAAUGAGUAUAAGAGUACUGUCGACGAAUGGUGUGAUGAUAUAGAAAAAACAGAAGUAAGAAGAUUUUCUGCGUUUGUUGGGCCUCUUCAUACGAUACCUGAAGGAUCUACCGAGGAAGAAUAUUUAAAAUUAUUUUUCGAUAAUGAUUUCUAUGAAAUGAUGGCUAAACAAACUAAUUUGUACGCACAGGAAGUGCAUGAUGCUGGUCGUCCUAAUAAACGUUGGAAGCCUAUAACAUCUAAUGAGAUGAAAGCAUUUGUAGGCAUUCUUAUUUACAUGGGCAUUGUUCGGUUGCCACAAUUAAAGAUGUACUUUCAGAGUGAUUUUGUACAGUGUCCAUUAGUCUCAAAUGCAAUGACACGUGAUAGAUUUAAAUUGAUUAGUCAAUAUUUGCACUUUAAUGAUAACUCUAAAAUGCCAAAGCUUGGUUCAAAAGAUUAUGAUAGACUUUAUAAAAUUCGACCUGUAUUGGAAGUUAUUGAUAAAUUUAAAUAUGUGUAUCGACCUGAUCGAGAUAUCUCAGUGGAUGAAGCUAUGGUUGCAUACAAAGGCAAUUUUUCUGCGAAACAAUAUAUGAAAGACAAGCCAACACCUUGGGGUUUGAAGUUUUGGGUUAUAGCUGAAGCCUCAACUGGUUAUACAUUAGAUGCAAAACCAUAUCUUGGGAAAAAAGAAGAGACUAAUAAAGAUUUAUUAUUAGGUGAACAGAAAUUAGAAGAUAACCAAAUUUACGGCUGUGGUACCAUAAGACAAAAUAGAAAAGAAUGGCCUGUGCAGUUUAAAAAUCCAAAGAAUCUGAAAUUGAAAAGAGGUGAUUUCCUACAAAAGCAAAUAGGAAAUAUAACUGCGACUGUAUGGCAGGAUAAUCAACCAGUGACAGUUUUGUCUACUAAUUGUAAUCCUACGGAUAUAGUAAUGUUGAAAAAUACUCAGGAAAAGACGAACAUUACGUUGACAUUCCUUGCCCCUCACCUGUAG